AUGAAAUCAAGUAUCAUAAAAUUGUUGCUUAUUACUUUCUGUAUCAGCGAUAUCGUCGCUGAGAAUUGUGAAGAGGUUACGGCGUCUGCGGAUGCAAAGAGCCUCGUUGUAAAAGGCAGUGGCAGUGGCUGCCAGUACCGUGUCAAAUCGGAUUCAGAUAAACCGGUGAAGGUCUACGUCAACGAUACGAGUGGAACUAAUUGUGUGAAGGUGACUAGUGGAGAUCAAUCCCAAACUCUGUGUCCAAAAGGUUCUUCGACUGCUUUCACAUCCACCUCGGCGAUUGAUAUCCAUCAGGAUCAGGUGGUGAGGGAGGAAAAGGAGGGAGUCAANACUCUGUGUCCAAAAGGUACUUCGACUGCUUUCACAUCCACCUCGGCGAUCGAUGUGAGUGCGGACACCGUCAGAACCAGUACAGCCGCUGCUACAACUACAGUAACACCUACAACUUCGCAAGCUCCAAAUCCACCAACAUCAGAUGCUGGGGGGGAACCAGAAGGUACUCACAAAGAUGAAAGACCAUCAAUGAAACCAACGGGAUCCCAGAGUGCGGAAAAGAAAGAAAGCGGUGAAUCGGAAAAUCAUAGCGGGGAAUCGGUGGACAUGUCACCAAAGGUCGCCGCGGCUGUUCCUGCUAUUAGUCAGCUAAAAAGGCACGCCAGAGAAACGCCAAACAUCACUGGAUCUGACGACGUGAUUGUAUAUUACAUGUUGGGUGAGUAA